GGCUCACGUUGAUUUCCUCUUAUGUGUUUUGUGUAUGAUUGUAAAUAUUAAAUGAAAAGUUCAAAAGUUCUCCUUUGUCUCAGGUCUGCCUCGUGUUCACGUUGACGUCUACCACGUGUUUUGUGUCUAUGACUUAUAAUUAAUAACUAUUAUUUCAUUGUGCGUUUCGUGUGUUUACAACGGUGUUCGUUGAAAUCAUUGAAACGAGGGCGUUUUGCGGUGAAUAAAUCGCAAUUUUGUGCAUUUUAAACUGUGCGAAAGUUAAUAACGUAACAUGGUGUCCAAUGCUUACAAAAAAAAAAUUCAAAAACGUGAAACAGCGAUUAAAUACAAAGACAGAAGAGUAGAUCUUCUUAAAUCUCGCAUUCUAUCUACGGAAAAUCGUAAAUCCGAGUAUUUCACACAAACCGUCAACGGUGAUGCCGGAUCGUCGUUGCUGACAUACCGUGCCACAAGUACACCGGAGCCGGCCGGUCAUUUUUCCACCGUCAAAUUCACAUAUAAAGAUCAAUACAUGUUAAAACACAAAAAAGUUUCCGUGAAAAAAAUUUGCCCCGGUUGUGGCUUACAGUACCCAGUUGCUGUGAAGACUUGUACCAAAUGCAAGCAUUCGUUUUACCUGUCCAAAAAAGACAUUACCCCCAAAGUUGCCCCUGCCAAGGUGGCAGCGGCGACGGUCGUGUCAGUUCAGGAAUCCAAAGAUGUUACAACCUCUUCGACUACACGUUCAGACGGCCGCCGUAGAACUGAACGUGUACGCCGUGAAAAACCUAACUAUUACGAUGCUUCUGCAUUCAUACGUAAAACUCGGAAACGUACUGAAAAACCAAAUGCAAAACAAAAAGAUAAUUAUCAAGGUCGCCGAGGUGUACAGAUAUCACAACCUAAAAAAGGUGUUGCAUCUUUAAAACAAAAUUAUAAAACAAAAGUUGUACAAGAUCCAGAAGAUAAAAUAUAUCAUACUAUUAUGAAGAAUGAAAAAGCAAAAGUAUGUGCUAUCAUUCUAUCUGAAUUGAAUGAAAAGUUAAUGUUAACUUCUUGGAGGCCGUGAAGCAAAUGAUUUCAAGACUUAUUACUUUUUAGUAUACUAAUUAUAAGAUAUUCAAAAACAUUUAAUUUUGAAUAGUUAAAAUUUUUGAAUAGGUAAAAUUUUAAGUGAGAUGUAUUUAAAUAA